AACCAUCCUUCCCCGCAUUAACAAACACACAUAUCCGUAUAACUCGAAAACUCGCACAGCUUUAAGUUAAAUAUGGAACGUAAAGGUGUAAAUUCAGCCUUCAUAAAUCCAUUCGGCCAACGGCCUUGGAUGGCGAAUACCGGCGCAGCAGCACCUUCAGCGGGCAACAAAGGUGUGAAAGGCAUUGUAGCUGGAGGUAUUACUGGAGGAAUUGAAAUUUGUAUUACCUUUCCCACCGAAUAUGUAAAGACACAAUUGCAGUUGGAUGAAAAGGGUGCUAACAAAAAGUACAAUGGCAUUGCCGACUGUGUGAAGAAGACGGUAAAAUCUAACGGUUUCUUUGGUCUAUAUCGUGGCUUGAGCGUUUUAGUCUACGGCAGUAUUCCCAAAUCGGCGGCGCGGUUUGGUGCCUUCGAAUUCCUGCGCAGCAACAUGGCCGACAAGAACAAUCAGCUCACCAAUUCAGGCAAACUUUUGUGUGGUCUUGGUGCCGGUGUCUGCGAAGCCAUUUUGGCUGUUACACCCAUGGAGACUGUCAAAGUAAAAUUCAUUAACGACCAGCGUAGUGCGAAUCCGCAAUAUCGCGGUUUCUUCCAUGGCGUCAGCACAAUCGUGCGACAGGAAGGUUUUGGCGGUGUUUACAAGGGACUUACACCCACCAUUCUCAAGCAGGGCUCGAAUCAAGCGAUACGCUUCUUCGUAAUGGAAUCGCUGAAGGAUCUCUAUAAGGGUGAAGAUCCGAAUAAGCAUGUGCCUAAGCUAGUAGUGGGUGCUUUCGGUGCGGUAGCUGGUGCGGCCUCAGUGUUCGGCAAUACACCACUUGAUGUGGUGAAGACACGCAUGCAGGGUCUAGAGGCAGCCAAGUAUAAGAACACAGCGGAUUGUGCUUUGCAGAUUUGGCGUAAGGAAGGUGUGACAGCAUUUUACAAGGGCACAGUGCCGCGUCUAGGUCGUGUUUGCCUGGAUGUAGCCAUUACCUUCAUGAUCUACGAUUCGUUCAUGGACCUAUUCAACAAAGUUUGGAAAGCAUAGACAAGGAAAUAUGAGUAAUACCUGCGAUGCGAAUAGAAGUGCAUAGUUGAUCUAAAAUAUAGGAAUGAAACCUAAGACGCUCAUAAGUGUGUCAAUAUGUAGUUAUGCAUGCACAUAAUAACAUGCAUUUACAUAUUUGUAUGUCUUGAUUUACAGUUGUAAAUAUACAUACAAACAAGUAAGAAUAUAAAUGUAAAGUAGCAACAUUUGCGGUGUAGCAUUACAACAACGCUAGUUAGUUAUAGAUUUAAAAGACAAAGUGCAGAAAUUACCACCUAGUCAAUUGAUCCAGCUAAUGUAUGUACAACAAAUUAUAUAUACAUACAUGUAAAUUACUGCAACGUAUGGGGUCUCACAAUUAAACAAAUAGCCUUUGGUGUGGAAUAUGGCCAAACUUAGAUACAUAUGUAUGCACAUAUUUACUUACAUAAAUAGUCCAUGAACGGAGAUCAAUUUAAAAAAUAAAACAAACGAAUUUUUUCUACCGUAGCAGAAAUAUUUUUAUCGCAUUUAUUGUUCCUUCGUGCGCCCAUCUUCAUAAAAGAAAACAUAUUUACAAACAUAAAGAAGCAUGAAAACACUUACUUACAAAUAUUUGGUUACUCAAUGCACUCUUGUAUUUUUUAGAGAUCUAUACAUACACAUAUUAGUGUACAGUUGAAUGUAUUUGUAUAUCAAAAAUAUUUACAUAAUGUAAAUUUCAUUAAAAGCGCAUUUACUUAAAAAAACAAUAAAAAGAAAUGACAUAAAGAGGUAUGUUAAAUAUAACAAUUACAAC